AGAUACAGGAACUGGUGUGCUACGCUGAAGGACCGUUAUACCGGUUGCCGAAGGGUGAUUAUACCGACCAUACAGAUACAGGGACGGAAGCCGGUGUGUCACGCUGAAGGACAGCUACACAGAUACAGGUUACCAAAGCUGGUGUGUUACGCCUAUACAGAUACAGAAGCUGCUGUGUUACACCGAAGGACGGUUAUACCGCCUGUACAGAUACAGAAGCUGGUGUGUUAGGCCAAAGGACGGUUAUACGAGGUAUUCGGGUACAGAAGCUACGUGGAAGGACGGUUAUACACAGUGCACAGACAGAAGCUCGCUGGUGUGUUACGCCAAAGGACGGUUAUACCGGAUACACAGAUACAGGUACAGAAACUGGUGUAAUACCGGCUGUACAGCUCCAGUCCCAGCCGGGUCCGUACGUGCAGACACCAUGGCAUGGUCGGUAGCCGCGAAUAUCAGGCAGCGGGGCCACGGGACGGGCAGCCGGGGAGGGAACGCGUCCCGAGAGAGGAAACAGGAGAGCGACCAACAGAACAUGACCUACCAGCAGCGCCUGGGCGCCACGCCGGCUGGAUACCAGCAGAACCCGAAACUCAGCCCGCAGAGACAGCACCGAGACGGACAGCACCGGGAGGGACAGCAAUCCGGACAGCAGCCUGGACAGCAAUCUGGGCAGCAUUCCAGACAGCAGCAUUCCAAAUCGUCUUCAAGUAGUCCAGAGAGCCGAGAAAGAGUCAGGAGGGGAAGUUCACCUCCAACACAACCAAAAGAUGACGGCCACGGCAUAAGAAAAGUGUCCAGAGGAAGCCCCGUCAGAGUCAAGCGGCCCUCCCCGGCAGGGACCGAGCAUGCGCAGCAGCACAUGUCCAGAAGCCUUCCGCACGAGUACAUGCGCCACUUCCCCCAGGAUGCCAUGCGGCGGCAGGAGGAGCAUGCGCAGAGCGCGGCGAGGCGGUCCCCGACACAGCCCCGACGACGUUACCGACAGCACCACGACACGACGGCCGACACCGAGCGGAUCAAGACAAGAUCAUCUCCGGAAAAACACUCCUCCAGACAGACUCAAGAUGGAGAAAAAGACAGAAGGCAAAGGCAGAGCUACACGAGUAGCGUAUGAUGUUGGAUAAACCAUCUGCGUUUAGAUUUAUUGAGGUUUGAAGGGCCAAUGCAAUGGCAAAAACGGAGGCUGACACGGCCCUAGUUGUACCUCAGGGUGGUCUACUUGAACAAAGGACCUCGUAAGCUCCUUUAACGACGCAAAAAGGCUACAAAAGGUGAAGAUG